AUGUCAUAUGUACAUAGUACACUUUCAUCUAAAUCGAUUAGAGAACAAUUCUCAGAGGCUAAAGCACUCUUGGAUCAAGUUCGUCAAUUGAUUGACAGUGGAAGUCAAAGUGAGGUUGCAAAAGCAUCUUCAAUUUUGAAAUCUAUUCUACCACUUUAUAAGGAUAUCACUGCGAAUGAAGAGAGUAAGAUACCCGAGUAUUUGGAGCAACUCAAAGAGAUUAAAGUAAGAUUGACAGAGGAAACAAAUAGAGUCAUACAGAAGCGUGAUGAAGCAAAGAAAGCUGCUCUUACCAGUUCGUCUUCCGCUGACGAUAGACAACAACAACAAGCACAAGCACAACAACAACAACAGCAGAAUUCACCAUUUGUAAAGUCAGAGUUACCUCAGAGACCACCGUUACUACAAGGUUAUUUGAAGAAACUCGGUGAGAAAGGACUGGUUAAAUCCUAUAAGAAACGAUGGUUCCUACAGAAGGACAAUAAACUUUACUACUACGAGAAGGAGGGAGAUACCACUAGCUUUGGAUUCAUUAAUCUACCGGAUAUGAUCGGUGUCAAAACCAUUGAUUCCGGCUUUGAGUUGGUCACCCCCGGUAGAGUGUACAACUUCCAAGUGUUGAAAGCUGCCGAUCUAAAUUACUGGACCGAAGGUUUGAAGGAAUUCAAAAAGUAUUACACUGCAUUGCAAAACAGUUUGAAGCAAGCCAACUCUAGUUCAAUGAGUGACUUACCAAGUAAUCAAAUGAGUCUUGGUGAUCUUAGAAGACUUUCAACAAUUGAUAAUAGUAGUGGUAGUGGUAGUACAAGUACAUCUGGUGGAUCACAACGUGAUUAUAGAAAGAUGUCAAUGGUUGAUGGAAAUACUAAUACAACUACUACAAGUGGUAAUAGUAAUAAUAAUAAUAGUAAUAAUGGAACAAACUAUGGUAGUUAUAGUAAUGGUGGUGGAUCAAUGGAAGCGAUGAUGAAGAAGAGAGAGGAAGAAGAGAAAGAAGCAGAAGCAAAGAGACAGAAAGAGAGAGAAGAAGAGAGACAAAGGAAAAUUAAAGAAGAAGAAGAAGAACAACAAAGAAAAAAGAGAGAGCAAGAGGAAGAACUUAAAAAACAACAGUUGAAUGAUGAAAGAUUAAAGAGAGAGGAACAAAAGAUUGUCGAGGAAAUGAAGAAAUUUGAUGAAGAUAGAGAAAGACAACAACAACAAGAUAAAGUAAAAGAUGAAGAAGAUCAAAGACAAAAGAAACUAAUUGAAGAAAUGAAUGAGAAACAAAGAGAAAGAGAAAGACAACAACAACAACAACAACAACAACAAGAUAAUAAUAAUAAUAAUAAUGAUAACGAUCAAAAUGAUUAUCAAAAUGAUAGAAAAUCAAUUAGUUUAAAUUCAACACCAAUCGUUUCUUCACCUGCAGUUGUAGAUUCACCAGUUGCCACACCAACUUCAUCUACACCUGGCGUUGUCGGUAACAAUGAAUAUUCAUCACCCUAUUUGAAGAGUUCAUCUUAUCCAAAUACACCUGCUGGAUAUUCACAAGUCGAUGAGACUGCUCUAAGGAAGAAGAUCGAAGAGGAAGUAACCAAGCGAUUGAUGUCACAGCAAGAUGAACUUUUGGAGAUCGAAAGACAACGAAGACUUUCGCUAGAGUCAGAGAUUCAAAAGCUAAAGGAAAUCAUUGCAAAGCAAGCACAGUCAGAGAAAAGCAAUGCCAAUAUCAAGCUAGAGCUGCAGUAUCGUGACGAAGAGAUUGACCGUCUCAAGAAAGAUCUAUCGAUUGCCAACGACAAUAUCACCACGCUCCAAAAGGACAAUGAAACACUCGCUGCCAAACCAAAGGAAUCGUUCCCUCACGAGUAUGAAUGGGCCGCAGAGAUUUCCAAUCGUGACCGCGAGAUUCUCAGUUUACGCGAGCAAAUCGGUGAGAUCUCUGCCAACUUGAAGUUGAAGGAGAAUGCAGUGUCGGUCAUCAAACGUGAGAAUGAAAUGUUGCGUGAGGAAACCGAGAAGAAGGAUAAAUACAUAAAUUCACUCAACGAGAGAAACCGUGAUUCCGCGACCAUCAAGUCCGGUGCUUCUGGUGGCGGUGCCGCCGGAAACAAGGGAACGAUCGACAUCAACAAACUCAAGGAGUCGGUGCUCGCUCACCAAUCGCAAAACUCAUUCUUGAUCUCUGAGAUCCAACGUUUGGAGACCGACAUGGAGCUACUCAAGGAGAUCAAAGCGGAGGAGACCGAAGAGUUGACUCGUUCACUCAACGAAUGUAUAUAUCAAUAUAGAACACUACGCGAAAAACUAUUGGGUACGAACGAGACAGAGUACUGCAAGAAGAUCGAGAAGGAAAAUCUGCUCAUCAAGAAGGAGUACUUCCUUACACUGGCUGUCUCUGUAAAACUACAUCGUGGAAUGGCUGGAGAAUCGACCAACAUCAACAUCCACAAUCUCUAUGACGAAUCGAUACGCGCCAACAUCGAUUAUAAACAGUGGCCAGAAUGGAUUUCAUCGGUAAUCGAAGAUAAAAAGAAUAAUGUAAAAUUAAACUCAACCUAUGAAUCAAACAGACGUAGUAGAUCAUCUAAAUAA